CGGAGGAUCCGGGGGGUGUACGUAACGUGUUGUGUCAUCUCAUCUAAAUCUAUGUUACGUCAGGCAUCGGCUAAAUCCUGACCGUCGAAGGGAAAUUAUUACAACAAACAGCGGUAAAAUUAUCUGGUACGGACCAAAUCCAACGGCCGUAAAACAAGCAACGAGAGGUGUGAAGAGGAAAGAGAAAAUGCGCUAAGGUUCAGUUUCAUUUCAUACAAUCGUGAAAUGAUCUCUUCGUUUUCUCAUUUCUCUCUCAUCGGCACUUGCGAUUGUUAAAUUUCAGCUUCCAACUCUGAAACCCUAAGAUUUGAGAGCUAUAAUCGGUUCUCUUUUUCGUUUAUUAUUGAUUAAUUUAAGAUUUAAGAUAGAAAGACCUAAAAAGGGGGAUUCUUGAUUUCCCGAAGGUGCUGUCGGCUAAGUAAGGAAUUUAAGGAGAUUUCUCUUUGUGUUGGAAGUUCUAAUUAUAAUUUCCAUAUAGAAUAGGGCUAGGGAUUUGCGUGUUUGGGAAUAUAUGGGGUUGGAGGAUGCAGAUCUCGUAGACGAUGGAGAUGCUGCCGGAGGAGGAAAAGCUGCUUUGUCGGUUUCAUGCUCGAUUUGCCUCGAGGUUGUCACCGAUAACGGAGAUCGUGGUUGGGCAAAGCUCCAAUGCGGCCAUCAAUUCCAUCUGGAUUGCAUUGGGUCUGCAUUUAAUGUGAAGGGAGUAAUGCAAUGCCCAAACUGUAGGAAAAUUGAGAAAGGUCAAUGGCUUUAUGCAAAUGGUUGUAGACCAUAUCCUGAGUUCAGUAUGGAUGACUGGACACAUGAUGAAGAUCUGUAUGAUUUAAGCUAUUCUGAAUCAUCAAUGUGGUGCCCCUUUGGUGGAUUUACUCGGCUUGCUGCCUCUUUUGAUGAAGGGGAAUUUCCAACGACUGCAUAUCAUGAUCUUCUUGGACAACAUGCGAUCUUUACUGAACAUGCAGCUGUAUCAUCUGCUACUCAUCUGUGUCCAUACAUUGCAUAUGUUCAACCGGUUCAUCCAUCAUCAUCAUCAUCUUCAACAUCCAGUGCAAGUGUGGGUGAUGGUCAUGGUCAUGGUCAUGGUCAUGGCCAUGGUGGGACCUACAACAACCAAUGGAACAACAGCCAAUCAGCAUCAAGUGAGAUGCCAAACUCUUAUGGUCUCCCCACCAUGGAUGUCCGCUAUCAUACCACCCUCUUUCCAACUUCAACCACCCGUCUAGGUGGUGCUGCUGCUGCUGCUGACCAACCCUCCAUGUCAUCUCUCAUGCCAAGAAGGCCGCUUAGGAGUAAUGCUGACAUGCCAAGAUCUGGGGGCUCUUAUGUCCAUCCAUUUCUUCUCGGCCAAAGUUCUAGUGGUAGAGCUCCAAGUGCGGUCGGGUCAUCAAUGAUUCAUCCGUAUCCGGGCAGCGCUGCCCGGGCACGUGAGCGGUCCCAGGCUCUUCAAGCCUAUUUUCAACAACCCAGCAAUCUACCGGGCUUACGCACACCGAUCGUCUCCGGUUCCCGGAGAUCCAACAACCCGCCACAAAUCGGCGGUCCGGCAGGGUCAUCCUCCGACCAGCUCCGUGGCGGCGGUGUCUAUUUCCUCCCGACUUCCGGUGCCGGUGGUGGUGGUGGUUCGUCAAACGGUAGAGCCUUUCAAGAAGCGGAAAGCUCAAUGCAGCCUAAUCCGUUCCACCAUGGAUGGGAACGGGACCCACAUGCCGGAUGGGGGUUUCAUCAGGCGGGCGGCGGCGGUGGUGGUGGUGGUGGUGGUGUUUUCCGGCAGAGGCAUGGGUCAGAUAGGACUCCGGGACAAGGGCAUUAUCGGUCGUAAUUUAUUUGUGGUUGGUUUUUUUUUUUUUUUUUUUUUUUAAAUGAUG